AGCUGUAAGCUGAGUUCAGUUCAUAGUAUAGAUACAUUAUUACAUUCUACAUAACUUCAGUCAGUUGUUGUAUGUUGUCAUUUGUGGUCGUCAUGCGUUAAAAGUACAAUAUUUUAUUAAUUUAAAAUGUUCAAAAGCGCCAAUUGUUAAAUCUUAUUCAUCGUUUACUUUUAAAAAUAUAUAUUAAGCCGUGAUUAAUAGUGAUAAGUGUUAAUACUACAUCACGAUGAGUGCCAAGAAAGCUGUUGACACAAAAUUCUUCGACGAUGAAAAUACGGACUCUGGUUUCCUUUCGGGGCCUCUUAGUGAACAAAUCUUGACGGAGGAAUACAAUCCAGACGAAGAUUCAAAAGAAAAACAUGACGGAGCAAAAGAUACACUAGACCGAACUUGUGAUAAACAAGAAAAGAGUAAAGACGACAGCUGGAAAGAUAAUAAGAGCAGUAAAGAUUUGUUGGGUGAACAUGAAGAGUUUGAUAGUGGAGUUAUUUCUAUGGAACUGAAGUCAGGUGAAAUAGACUGUCAAGAGACAUCAUCAUCACAUGUCCCUGUAGAGCCCCUGAUAGUGAUUGAAGAAGUUAAAAGUGACAAAUCAGUUCAGGCUCAAAAAUAUGACCUACCUCCAAUCAACAUAUUGUUUGAACAAGAUGAAGAUGGUGAUACACAACUUCACAUUGCUGCAGUUCAUGGAUGUGACAAAUCAGUUUCCACCCUCAUAAAGAUAUGUCCUGAGAAAAAAUUACUUAAUAUAGUUAAUCGUUAUGGCCACACAGCACUGCAUCUUGCUGUACUUGCUGCACAACCUCAUAUUACAAAAAUGCUUGUGGAUGCAGGAGCUUCAUUAAGUAUUAGAGACUUCAACGGAGAGACACCGCUUCAUAUAGCUGUUCAAAGAAAAUAUGUGAAAAGCUUGAAACAUCUUUUGGAACCUUUAAAAAGGAGUCCUCGGGAAUAUUUUAAUGUAUUGGAUCAGAAGAAUUACAAUGGUCAGACGUGCCUUCAUCUCGCAGCUUCAAAAGGGUACAUAGACGAGAUAAGGAUGUUGGUCUCCUAUCGAGCUAAUAUAAAUGCCAAGGAGGGUUUAGCCGGUCGCACUCCACUUCACAUUGCAACACAGAGGCGGGACGAGGCCCUACUGCGGUACUUAUUGACUGAGACAGCGGCUGACCGGGGAGCCAGAGACUACGCGGGUCGCACAGCAAGACGCUUCGCUCGCAAUACUAGCGUGGAGCAAUUCUUUACUGAUGAUUAUUCUGAUGAUGACGAUUAUGAUAGCGAUUCAGAGAAUGAGAGUGAGAUGGAGAGGUUUGAAGAGAUGCAUCAAAUGAUGGCUGCUUGUACUACGACGUGCGCAUAACAACACAAUUCUAUGUGCAAUUCAUGAACCAUAGCUUUAAUUAACAAGUGAGAACAGAAUGCCUGUUUGACGGCUAGGGCAAAUGUCGGAGGAAGUCGCGAAGCUAGUCUUCUAAUCGAAACGUUAUAAGUUAUAUUCAUUUAAAAUUAUUUACAUCAUGUCUGUAUCAGUUCCAUACAUUCACACCUAUGUGUUUAUGAAUUACACAGUACGGUGUUUAAGCGGUUUGUAAUAUGAAAUUGCAAUCUGAUAAAUCAGCUAUUGUAAAUAUAAUAAUUUGAACAUAUAUAUUUAUUACUUGUAGUUAUGUCGUUGAUAAGUUCAAAUUAUUCUAUUUGGCUGUAUCAGUCAUUGCCAUAAUGAUAAGUAUACUCGUAGAACCGAAUGUUAUUUUAACUUACUAUCAGAAAAAUGGAACAUAGCAGUACAGUCAAUUUGUAGGUUUUGAUGUCACGUGUGUGAGCGUGUCUUUGUGUAGCAUUACAUAUAAAAAACAAAUUUAAAAAUUCAUGUUUGACAAAUCAAGUUGAGUAAUCCAGUCAAUACAGUCUGGACCAAUGCCAUUAUGAGGUCGUGUAGUCUUCCAUAACGAUUAUUAAAUAUGUAUAUUACUUAUUUACUGUUUUAUUAUGUGUUAAUACUUAUAUAAAAUUAAUAUGACUGUUAGGACUUUAACUUACGUUAAAGGAAAAUGCUUGAAUAUACUACGUUGUUUUGAAUGAUGUAAUAUAUUAUUCAUAUUUAUGGAAUUUCCUUCGGGUUUCGGAUGUGACAUUGUUAUUUACGGAAAAUAAGAAUCACUCCUUGUUUAACCUUAGGCUCCAAACAGACUUUUAAUUAAAGCAGUGAUGGAAGCUUAAUUAUAUUUUUGAUUUACUUUAAACUGAGAAAGGUUCAAACAGUCUAGUUCCUCUAGUUAAAGAGUUACUUAUGGAUUUUAAACUUGUUUACUUUUUGCAGCUAUUGUAUUUUAUUAGUUACAUAAAUUUAAUAAGUUAUAAAUCCGAUAAUAUUUACUAAAAUUAAUCAUAUUUUGAAUUGUAAAUGUCAUGUUGCCAGGUGCAAGAUGGGUUGAUAUUUAUUGCGCCGUCGUAUAAGUCGAAAUUUGAUUGUUGAUCCAGUACUGUUGCGAUGCCGCAAUUUAAAAAUGUUAUCUGGAAUCCUAUAAAUUUCCGUUUAUUAUUAAUGCGGUCGAGAUAUUAGUUGUAAUAAUUCUAUGAUGAAAGCGACAAAACUAAUUGACUUGCGUUGAAAAAUGUCAAUCAUUCGACCUGUAAAAAAUCCGAUAGUUUUGAUAAGUAAUUAGUUUAACGACUUUAAUUCGAAAGCGGAAGCACUUACAUUUUUUAGUUUUUCUAUAUGUUCUAAAAAUAUGAUGAUGAAGAUAAAUGCUCUAUUUAUCCUAACCAAUAGAAAUCUCUAUGUGCCUAGUACUAGUUCCUUCGUCCUGGAAUCACAGAUAUCUUGUUGACUUUGUUUAUGUAACAAAAACUUUUUUAUAAAAUCUUUAUCAUAUGACACCGUUAUUUAAAGGUCAUUAUUGUAUUAUGAUUAGUAUAUAAUUACUGUCUAUUAUCUGCAAUUAGUUGAAAUAUAUAAUAUUUAAUAUUA